AUGAGGGCUGCACAAGAUUUAAUAGAAAUAGAUGAUGAACCGCCGGCCGCACCGCCAGCCGCACCGCCAACCGUACUACCGGUCGCACCUCCGGCCGCACCACCGGCCGCACCGCCAUCCGCACCGCCGGCUGCACCUUCGGCCGCACCGCCAACCGCACAACCGGCCGCACCGCCAACCGCACAACCGGCCGCACCGCCAACCGCACAACCGGCCGCACCUUUGGCCGCACUGCCGGCUGCACCUUUGGCCGCACCGCCGGCCGCAUCGCCAGCUGCACCUUCGGCCGCACCGCCAACCGCACAACCGGCCGCACCUUUGGCCGCACUGCCGGCUGCACCUUUGGCCGCACCGCCGGCCGCAUCGCCAGCCGCACCGCCGGCCGCAUCGCCAGCUGCACCGCCGGCCGCACCGCCAGCCGCACGAUCGGCCGCAGAAACCAAACGUAGGUUAUAG